GGGAUUGUGAUUUGGAUUGGGUGGGAGCUUAUUGGUGAGAGGACUUACUCGGCGUCUUUUUGUCUGCGUUUGUGUUUGUGAGGCAUCUUGAUGUGCGGUCGUUCCAAUCCGAGGGGAUUGGUUUGGUGGUGGUUGGUUGUUGGUUGUUGGUGGUGGAGAGAGAGGAAUCGGAGUCGGAUCGGGGAAAUGAGAUGGGACGAAACUUUUUUUUACCUUUGCGGGCGGAGGAGGAGGAGGAGCGCGGCGUAUCUUAUCGCCGUGGGAGGUGAUAAGAGAUCAUCAUCCACUUUACUGUACUUGCUAGGUGUAGUUACAACUCUAUAGUAUCGUCUGGUUUCAGUUGGAUAAGAUCAUUUGUUUAAA